AUGAAUCAAAGCAUUGGCAAAAUUUCUUUUCUGAAAGUUUACACCUCUAAAGAAAAAGAUGGGAUUGAUGUCAAUAAUCUACAAAAAGAAUUUGAAAAUGAAACCAAUAAUUUACAAGAA